AUGCGAAUCCUCCUCAACAGAGAGGUUGUUUCGCUGUGCCUUAAAAUCCUACCCAGCCUGAUCUGGGCUGGUUCUUCUGCUUCACAGGUGGUCGAUGGCCUCUACCUCGGAAAUAUCAAAGAUGCAGAAACCAGAGAAAGUUUGUCAGAAAAUAGCAUCACUCACAUCCUCUCUGUGUACAACAAUCCUCAACCUGUGUUUGAGGACAAGAAGUACCUCUGUAUUCAUGCAGUUGAUGCUUCCAGCCAGAACCUAAUACAGCAUUUCAAAGAGUGCAUUGGCUUCAUUCACGAAUGCCGCUUGACUGGUGGAGCUUGUCUGGUUCACUGCCUGGCAGGGGCAUCCCGCAGCACCACCAUGGUAGUGGCCUACCUGAUGACCGUCACCCACUACACUUGGGAGGAUUGCUUGUCUGCAGUCAAGUCUGUGCGUUCCUUCGUUGACCCCAACCCUGGCUUCCGGGACCAGCUGCAAGAGUACCAGGAGACGCGAGUGUCAGAGUAUCGAGCCUGGCUAGAAUCCAGCUUCCUCUCCAGUCCAUUCAAAGACUCUGACCAAGUGGGAGCUCUACUGAGUCAGCGCAUGGAGCAAUAGGAUGAAACACACAUGCUACUGAAGUCCACUGUGUCCUAACUAAAGCCUUAAGGGGGAAAAAAACAGAAAAAAGUUUAAAUUCUCACAUGAAAGUCUUUGUUUUUUCUUGAACUCUUAGUUGUAUUUCUCUAUUUACUUUCAAGGCGCAGGGCCUUACUGUAAACAUUUCCAUGAUGUGGUGCUGAGUACAGUCACAGCAGUACUGCAGACGCAUUACUAGAAACACGACAUCCUGGACUGGGCUUAGAUAAACUAUAGCUAUGUUGAAAGAAGAAUUACUCCAAAUGUUUUCCUGAUUUGAAUGAAGCGUUACAUUUUUAAUGUCUACAAGCUAAUUUUUUUACAAGAUUAUUUUUUUAAUAAAAGAGUGACUUUAGUUAUAUAUUUAUGGUGUCUUUGUUUAGAAAAAAAAUCACAUAACUAAUGAGACAUUUAAUUGCCAAUAAAUCUGCAGUAUGAA